CAAUAGUAGCCUAUCUGUCUACCCUUCUCCAGUGCUGUAUUCCAAUGUAGACAACUGUCGGCUGGAGAAGUGGGAGCAUUCUACUAUAUAACAGACCCCGAUGCGCUGAGCUCUUCAUCAGGAUUGCUAAAGUGGAUGCGCUCGUUAUCUGGAUUGUUUUAAUCGUACCUCAGAUUGGACCAGCUGAUUCACAAUGAAGGAGCGAAGAAUCCCACAGCCUGUGGUGGUGAGGUGUAAGCUUGUUUUGGUGGGAGACGUCCAAUGCGGAAAAACAGCAAUGCUCCAAGUCCUGGCAAAAGAUUGCUAUCCAGAGACAUAUGUCCCGACAGUAUUCGAGAACUACACUGCUGGCCUGGAAAUGGAAGGGCAACGCAUUGAGCUCAGUCUGUGGGACACGUCGGGAUCUCCGUAUUAUGACAACGUCAGGCCUCUGUGCUACAGCGACUCUGAUGCCGUCCUGCUGUGUUUCGAUAUCAGCCGCCCCGACAUAGUGGACAGUGCACUGAAAAAGUGGAAGACCGAGAUCCUGGAUUUCUGCCCAAACACACGCAUCCUCCUAGUAGGCUGCAAGACCGACCGCCGCACAGACGUCUGCGCUCUGAUGGAGCUUUCAAAUCAGAGGCAAACACCCAUCUCACAUGAACAGGGGUCAGCAAUGGCUAAGCAGCUGGGUGCGGAGGCCUACCUAGAAUGCUCGGCCUUCACCUCAGAGAAGAGCGUCCACAGCGUGUUCCGUAUGGCAGCGCUCGCCUGCCUCAACAAGCUGCAGCCCCCCGCCAAGCCCAGCCCCGCCCGACGCCUGUCCAAGCGUCUGCUGCACCUGCCCAGCAAGUCGGAGCUGCUCACCUCCACCUUCAGCAAGGAGAAGGCCCGGAGCUGCUCCAUCAUGUGAAGCUGCCCUUAGCCCUAGUUCCCACCAAGCCCCUCGUCGAGCCAAAGAACAGUUCCCAUGCUCCCAUUCCAGAGACACCUGGGGUCGGGGUGAUGUGGGGCGGGGCUCUGUCAUAGGCCCCUCCUACCUCUUCAGGUCACUCUCUGUUCCAGCGUUGCCCUCAUCUCUCUAAAGAAACGCCAAACGGGCAGCUGCCACCUUUGAUUGUAGGGUUUCAUCGGUGCACAUCAGUUGCUCAGUCUCCACACUGAGAGAAGUCUCUUACCAGCGUAGCAUCCUGCUGAUCCCAUUGUCACGUACACAAAGAAAACAAAGACCGAAACAUGGACAAUGUUGUUGGUGCGGACUGUGUUCAUUUGGAUAUUGGGCGUAUUUAACAAUCAUGCAUUUGCAGUAAAAGAAAAACAGUUGUGAGGAUGAGGUGAAGUCAUCCUUGUGUGUUUAAUGCAAAGCGUAUUUCUCAUGUUGAAUAUGCACUUUAAGGUGUUUGAAACGUCACUGGCUGGUAGCCAAUGGGGCACCUGUAGCUGCCACUCCGAGUAGCAUCUGAUUGGUUGUGAGGUUUGUUUGUGUGGGUGUUUGUGUUUGUUCAGUGUGUCUGUCUAUGAGAUGAAAAUUGUAAUGAUUUAGAGAGAAAGAAUGACAGACUGCAAAAAAAGUGUAUGUUGGGUCUGUGCCGGAGAGAGCAGAAUUGUACAUGUGUAUGUAUUUAUGUGAGUUACUGUGGGUCUGUCACCACUUUAUCGCAUGCAAAUGGUUCAGUGAGGGUUCAUCUCAGCUUCCCUGACUCAUCAGCCUGCUCUGACUCCAGAUCGCUCCAGAUCAGCAUCAGCCUGCUCUGACUCCAGAUCAGUUGCUCGGAUGAUAGACGUCCUGCUUCUCUGGCAGUGGCCACUGCUCAGCAGCCCUAAAUCAGUAAAGCGUGAAGCUGCCACACACAGCUAGAGGACAGAGAGGACAGGGAGGAAGGGGACACAAGAAAUCAUUUCCCCCUUUAAGGAAAUUGCUAUAAAUCUUACAAGACAAGGUAUCCAAUUACAUCUGCUGGGUAGGAAGACGUGGAAAUUGCUGACACAUACAUCCUCUAGUCUCUCUGUCUCUCGCCCCUUCUCCUCACCCACCAGCCUUUUGUUCCUUAAUCCAUCUCCUGUCACUCAGGGCGAUGGUCUCUAAAUCCCAAAGCAACAGGGACGGGAUGGACUGGCAUCUUUCAAAGACAAGAAUGUACAGGAAUGGGUUGGCGUGGUUAACUCCUCCAGCUGUUGGGGGUAUUUUCAGGGAAUUACAUUUGAAAAGGUCAUUUGGGGCUAAAGUUGACCAUCAACACAAGUGCAAAAGACACCAGCCUUUUGCAUCCAUCGCGGAUUAGGUGUCACGUUAGAGCUGCUGCCCAAUGGGCCUGAUGUCCCUGUUCAGGUUUUGUUAUGCUCCCACGUCAUGUCCAUCUCCCACGUCAUGUCCAUCUCCCACGUCAUGUCCAUCUCCCACGUCAUGUCCAUCUCCCACGUCAUGUCCAUCUCAACUGGGUUUUGUUAUGCCCCCACUUAGUUAUGCUUUGUUGUGCUAACAGCACUAGUGCACUGCCUUGUUGUUUUUUCCCCUGAAGCAAAAACACUAAUCUCUUUCUCCGGUCCGUUUUGAAGUCGGGUUCUCCUCUCGCCUGAUGUUCCCGUCUGUCUCUCUCCUGAGGCCUGCAGCAUCUCUAACUACUCUCCUCUCUGGAGGAAUUAAACAUCUCUAAGUAAUCUCUUACACUCUCUGGAGGAAUUAAACAUCUCUAAGUAAUCUCUUACUCUCUCUGGAGGAAUUAAACUGCAGCAUCUCUAAGUAAUCUCUUACUCUCUCUGGAGUAAUUAAACAUCUCUAAGUAAUCUCUUCUCUGGAGGAAUUAAACAUCUCUAAGUAAUCUCUUACUCUCUCUGGAGUAAUUAAACUUGUAAAUCUCGGUUUCCUUGUGAUUGCAUAACACGCAAACAGUGAAAACAAAUCUGUGACUUUUCAGUUUAGCCACACAGCCGCAGCUCCUGACGUCCAACUGUCUCUCAGAGCCUUUUAGGACUCUGAGUUUGUGUCUUUUCUUUUAGGAUUCACAUUUUAGUUUGUGUAUUCUUGUAAAACGCUAAAUCCCCAGAAUUUGAUAUUUUGAUUGCGAAUGUACAUUAAACUAUGUAACAAAGAAAGAAGAUAAAUGAGUAUUAAUGUAAAGACUGAUUAGUUUGCAUUUGAUUUCAGCACACAGCACAUGAUAAGCACUGCAUGAUGGGAUCUUCCUUGCAGUGCUAAUGGAGUCCUGUGAUUUCCUUUAAAUAAUCUGACCAUUGGAAAGUGAGGGAGGUUGUACUACAAUGGUACCCACACAGAUAGACUACAGUUGUGAUUUGAUAGCCUCAUGACAGAAUGACCGCUGAAGUGUUCACUCUCCAGUAGGAUGACGAUGUAGCGUCUCAAAGGGUGCUGUGGGCAGACGGGUCGAACAGGGACACCAAAUGGGGUCAAGUCAAAAAGAACAGGCAGGUCCUGUCCAAAGAGCCUUAUCUGGCUUUCACUGUGUAUGUUUUCCUCUUUAAUCAUCUAAAUCCUUUGGUUCUCCUUUAUCAUGAAUAACUCAUGGACUAUAGAUAACCACACAAAAGACUGUUUUUUUUUUUUUGGUUAGGGUUUGGUUUGAUGAGCGCUCCUUUUAUGUUGUAGACAGACGGCCUUCUAGAUCCUUGGACAUGUAUGCAGUGCACUGGCAUUCCACUGUGUUGCCUAGCGACGGGCAGGGGGGGGGGAUUGCUGGGCUGAGAGUCUCAAGGCCUCUAAUAUGCCAGUGUGGGUUCACCGCUGGGCUCUAACAUGCGUCUGAAGUAGUUGGUACUUCUCCUCUGAUUUCUGUCAGUGCAGCCAUCGUGUCUGAAGUAGUUGGUACUUCUCACACUUUGUCAUAUGUGUCCUUAGAUGAGGUCCAGGGGAGACUGAUUGUACAUAUCUGUUUUAUAUGUUCUCUUUGUACAACCUCAUGAGUAAGUGACAAACAAGCAAAAAAAACAAAGCAAGCAAGGAACUGACAUGUGUGAUGUAAUAUAGUGUAAUCUUUAUUUAGCUUUAAUUUAUUAAUUAAAGCUAAAUUCCCACUUUUUUUGUUUGUUACUAUUUUUCAUGAGCAUUUGUAAUUUUGUUUCAAAGUCUAUUUUUGAAGGUAUUGAAUCAAUGUGAUUUUUCUGUCUCUCUGUCUGUUGAAGUGUCUUCAUUUCAAAUAAAUCAUUUGUUUUAAUCUCCUUAUCCCUCAGUGGAUUGACUUGUUAGAAUUGACCAAGCACAACAUUUACACAACAAGGUUUGCAACAUUGCUGCUAUUUUGACAAACGGUCUGGGGUAAGCUGUAUUCACCCUUGAGUGUAACUCACC